AUGGGUUCUCUACGUUCUCGUGACAUAGAACCAUCUAUUCUGCCCUCAUUUGAAAUUCAACCAGCGAUAUAUGACGCAGAUCAUGACCGUAAAAUUUCACGUCACAAUUCACAUACGUCUGGUCUCUCUAAGAUCAUAUCUGAAAUAAAGGAUGAUCAAGACUUACAUUCUAACGAUUACCGGGACAUUUCAAGGGUACAAGAGGAGUUACUGAAACGACAGACUCGAAAUGUAGAAGAGUACGUAAAUGGUUCCAUUGCAGAAAUAUCAUCUCGUCGUAAAUCAAAUUAUAAUUUGCAAGAUUCAAAAGAUCUUUCAUCCGAUAUUGAGUUAAAUGUUGAGGAAGAUCAGGGCCCUCCCAAGGAUUCUGGGUUUGCAUGGGUCGUUGCAAUCUGUUCAAUGUUUUCCCUUUUCUGUACCUGGGGUGCAACAGCCGGAUAUGGUGUGUUCCUUUCCUAUUAUAUCUCUGCAAACACAUUUCACGGUGCAACAGAAUACGAUUAUGCGCUUAUUGGUGGAUUAGUUGUGUGUCUUGCGCAAAUAUUUGCCCCGUUAGUUGUGUUGGCAUAUAAGAUGUUUGGACCAAGAUAUAUCUUCUUUUUCGGUAUUGUGCUUCAAACUGUAGGAUAUAUGUUAGCAUCCAUUUCAACUAAAAUUUGGCAACUUUACCUUACUCAAGGGUUUAUGGUUGGUACGUCUUACCUGUGUAUUUUCAUCCCCACGACAAUGAUUCUCCCCACUUGGUUUGAUAAAAAAAAAGCAACAGGAAUGGGUAUUGCAGUUUCUGGAUCUGGCUUGGGUGGUCUCUUUUUCUCUCUUGUUAUGAAUAAAAUAAUAUCAGUCACUGGAGAUCACAAGUGGGCUUUAAGAACGUCUGGAUUUGUAGUAUUGAUGAUAUUGCUGAUCGUUUGUACUUUCAUGAAACCACGGGUUUAUAAGCCACUUCCCUAUAAAACAACCAUGACAAUGGAGUUCAUUUACACAAAUACAAAGGUCAUCCUUGAUAUCAGGGUUUUUAAGAAAAGUAAUACAUUGAUUAUUUUAGCAGUUUGGUACGGAUUUGUUCUUUUCGGGUACAUGAUCUUGGUUUUUUCCAUGUCUGCGUAUGCUUCACUGGUUGGACUCACCCCUAGUCAAGGUUCAAUAUUAACUGCAUUAUUGAAUGCAGGGCAAGUCUUGGGUCGUCCAAUAUUUGGUAGCAUUGCUGAUCGUUACGGUAGAGUAAAUUUCAGUAUUGUCAAUUGUAUUGUUAUUACCAUCCUUAUAUUUACAUAUUGGAUAAAUGCAACAAGUUUUGCAGCAUUAUGUCCAUUUGUCAUUUUUGCCGGAAUGACUAUGGGUAUUGGUAAUUUAAUGUGUCAACCUAUGGCUACUGAUAUUCUUGAUGACAUGGAAGACCUUCCUGCUGCAUGGUCUGGAUUGAAUAUUGUUGGUGCAUUGUUUUGUCUUGCGCCAGAAACCAUCGCAUUGACAAUGAAUAAAAAAGGUUCUGCACACCCAUUCCGGAACUCUCAGGUAUUUGCUGGAUGUUGUUUCCUAUUUGGACUUUUCCUCCUACUCUUCGUUAGAGAGUUCAUGGUAAGAAAGAGAUUAAGGGCGAGAUUGGCAUUAGCUAGGUCUGAGUUAAAUGAAAUACAAUUCAAGGAAAAAUACUAUACAAAUGAGUACGAAUUGUACGAAGCAAGAAUUCAAAGAUAUGAAUACCUUCUUGCAAAUAAUCCAAAAGCCUAUUUAAUUCGUAUCUGUUAUCCAAUACGAACUUGA